UCGCCGACUCACUCUUCUCUUUUCUUGUCGCGCUCCACUCUUAUUUUCUCUAUUGCCUGUUCCACGAAAUACUCCAUAUUAAUUUAUGGACCUACAGGCCAAUGAUUACUUCAAAUACAAGUCCCAUUGUAGGUCAGAAUCAAGCGGUUGCACCAGAGGAGGCCAUAAGAAUUUCACGUCAGCCUAACUACCUCAGAUUUUGUGAUCGUAAAAAAGAGAAAACCGAAUGAAUGAUAAAAUUCUUAAUAUUUCUUUUUAUUAUUGCAAAUAAUCUGCAAGUUUGUUAUUGAGUGCAUAUAUAGCAAGAUUUUCCAUCUGCAUUCAUCAUCUCCUUUCCUGAUAUUCUUCUAUUCUUCUAUUCUUCUUUCAAUGUCACGCACAGUUGCUUUCACCAAGCAUGCAUUUCUUCACCGCACCCUCCCUUUCGCUGCUCUCGCCUCACCUGAUCCCGUCCCUCGUCGCCCCGCUCUACUUCCCCGGCCGGACCUGGCAGGCACGCCGGUUUGGGGCCGAACCUGGUUCGGUUCUCCAUUCUUCUUGGAGGGGAACCUGCUACAAGGGUUUGUGCUGGUCCUGCACUGACUUCUUGCGGCGGUGUAAGGAUUGGGGCGGAGAGUUUUCCGAACCCGAGAUUCUUGAGUUUAUGCAGAAUUCCGAUAAGCCCGAAGCUUUUCCUACAAAAGAGGAGUUGGUUGCUGCACGAAGGGUGGAUUUUGUUAAGGCUAUUGUCAACGAGGGAGGGUGGCUUGCCUUUGGGUGGGAAUUGAAUGGCGGGUCUAGUGGAAUAGGCGGUCUUGAAGAUAAUUGUAGCUAUGGAAUUGACGGUUAUGCCACUCGGCUUUCUUCACCUUCCUCUUCUUCCCAAACAUCCCAAACAGAUGAUUCAGUAGAAAUUAUAGCUGACAGUGAAUCUGGCAUUGCGGGUAUAUUGAAUCGAUUGGAGAAACAACGAAGUAGAUCUUUUGGACUUGGUGUAGAUAGUAUUUCUUCUGAAAAUAAUGAAGACAAAGAUAGAACGGCUAUGGAUGCAAUAGCUACUGGCCUUGAAAAUAGUAGCAGGGCACCCUCAUUUAGCCCCAUAAGCAGUCAUCCCAGUGGUUCUCAGAUCAAACCUGAUCAACAUGGGUCGCAAUUAGGUAUGGAAAAUUCAGAAAGCUCACUUAAGCCAGAGAUGUGGAGUUGGAUUGAUCAGAGAAAUGGAGUUGCAGAUUUUGAAGAUGCUGAAAUUAUUCUCAGUGAAACUCAGAAAGGAGGCAUGAGUGAUACUUCUGGACAACAUGAUAUCCUCAAGAGAAGGGAGUUUCGAUCUAAACUUACAAACAAUGAAACAGGAUUAUAUUCUCUUGAUGGAAAUGCAAGUCACAAUGACAUUAAAUCCCGUAUCCAGCAUCUGGAAUCCGAGCUAUCUUUUACACUUCACUCGUUGAGGUCUAGCUCAGAUAAAAUUACCAAGCAGAUGGUUCAGAAGAGCUCUUCUGAUGAUCUGGCAAAGCUUUCCGAUGCGUGGGAAUUUCAGGAAAAUGAGAUCCUGAAUGCUCAGGACAAAUUGCGUUCUAUACAGGCUAAGUUGGCAGUGUUAGAAGGAAAGAUGUCAUUGACAAUAAUGGAUGCACAUAAGGUAGUCGAAGAAAAGCAGACGAAGAUUAGUAAGGCUCAGAAGGCUUUGCAAAUGCUGAAGACUACUUGUGUAGCUUGGCCAAAUAAUGCUAAAGAAAUAUUUUUAACAGGAUCAUUUGAUGGUUGGUCUAAUAAGUUGUAUCCUGGAAGAUACGAGAUGAAGUUCAUUGUAGAUGGAGAAUGGAAAAUUGAUCCCUUACGUCCUAUUGUAACCAACGUUGGCUAUGAGAAUAAUCUUCUUAUAGUUAGUGAUUGAUGGAAGAGAAAGUUAGUAUAAGAUAAUAUCUUUUGAACGCGGGAGGAUGACAUCCAGUUUAGUUACCAUUUUUUUUCAUUUUUGAACAAAAUAUUCGGUGAGAAGUUUAUUGAUUUUUUUAGGUUUAAUAAUCGAAGGUCCUAUAUUUGGGGGUUUG